AUGCCAAUUGCUUCUCCGUUUUUUAUUAGUCAAGGUGACGACUUAUUCAAGCAUACGAGAUUCGUCGACGCAUUAGCGACUCAAUCGGACAAUAAUUGGAUAAAAAUGACUGAUAUGGCUGACGCGGAACGCACUCCUCUACUCAAUGAUGUUCAGGAUUUUGGUUACACGCCUGGAUUUCCCUCAGAUGAUUCAGUAGCAAAUGCCAAAUUUAAUGAAGUUUUACAAGAAGCAAUAGAAGCUAUCAAUUGCAAUAUUUUCCCCGAGAGAAUUUAUCAGGGUUCCAGUGGAAGCUACUUUGUAAAGAAUCGUAAUGGGGACAAAAUUGCUGUCUUCAAACCCAAAGAUGAGGAGCCUUAUGGUAAACUCAACCCUAAGUGGACUAAAUGGAUGCACAAGCUUUGCUGUCCGUGUUUCUUUGGGCGAAGUUGUCUAGUCCCCAAUCAAGGUUAUCUUUCCGAGGUCGCCGCAAGUCUCGUUGAUGAGCGUAUGGGUUUAAAUAUUGUUCCCACAACGAAAGUUGUCAAGUUAGCCAGCAAGACCUUCAAUUAUGGAGCAGCGGCUCGAGCUGCAUCAACAACUAAACAGAGAGUUGCAGAUCGUUUUCCCGAUUUGGGCCGACACUUCCACAGACUUGGACUUCCUCCCAAAGUGGGUUCCUUCCAAUUAUUUGCAUCUGGUUGUCAGGAUGCCUAUUAUUGGCUUAAUCGAUUCAAUGCCGAGCCUUUACCCGAAGAAGCUCAAACGAAUCUUCAAUUGCAAUUUGAGAAACUUGUUGUCCUUGACUACAUUAUUCGUAAUACUGACAGAGGUAACGACAAUUGGUUAAUUCGCUAUGAAAAGCCUGAGGAACCAGAAGUUGCACAGUCACUUCAAGAAAGUGUACGUUUAUUUACCUUUCUUAUUUCUGCAUCUCCGCCUUGUUUCGUUCAUCCCUUUUACUGGGCAUGGUUGCCAAUGGCCAAGAUUCCUUUCUCGGAAAGCAUUUGCGAGCACGUUCUUCCCAGAAUCUCUGAUGCCCACUUGGUCAAUGAGCUUGUUCGUGACUUGUACAAACUUUUUAAGACCGAUCCAGGGUUCGAUCGAAGGACAUUCGAAAAACAAAUGGCUGUUAUGCGUGGCCAGAUGCUAAAUCUCCAGCGCGCACUUCGUGAGCGUAAGACGCCUCUUGAGCUUGUUCAGACCCCGGUAGUUGCCGUUGAGCGCGAGAAGCGAUCGAUAACCCAGCGUAUUCGCGAAGUGGCCCGUGACCUCCUUCCUCCCAAUGCACGCGUUGGUCGUCUGGUGUCCUCAGGGUCUGAGCCUGAAGAUGGCGACGAUUUAGCAAGUCCUUUGGGUGGUGAAGACGAAUUUGAUGGACCUGCGUCUCUUGGAGGCCAUUUCACUGCCAGAUACCCUCGACGACCCUUCUUCACACGAUUCUAA